AUUAUGAUGAGUAACUGCACUCAGUGGAAUACGUUAUUACCUUCAUUUCGUGUUUUGGAACUCUCAAAGCAUCAGCGGAUUUGUUGCUUGUCUGUCUGUCGUAGUCUAACGCCAGCAUGGCUGGUUGGGCGGAACGGUGGCGCAGUGUCCUGACAGUGGUAGCUACCGUGGUGGUCAUCGCCUCUGCAAGUCUUAAUCCACCAGAGAAUACUCCGUUCUUACGCCAAUGCAGGUCAGGAAAUUUAUCAAAAUCUUCUCCCCUGGUUCGUCCAAACGUGUAUGAGUCAGACGUGAUCCUGUACGCCCGUUCCUACGAUGAAGAUGGUCGACUACAUCGGUACUCUGACGUUAGCCGUGGCAAUCGUACUGCGGGUGAUAGAAGUCAGUCGACAGGAUGCGGACACAGUGUAAGAACAGCGUGCUCUACUAUUCAUCAAGCACUCAGGGAAUCCGGUAUGCAGCCUAAUAAACAUACAGUGAUCAAGUUAAUCGUGUACAACAAUACUGGAUGUGAAGUUCGAUCGGGACAUGAAAGCCGCCUUCAUUUUCUUUCCAUCCCCGGAUUUGCUGUUAGUAUUUCAAUAUUGUUCGACCCUUCCAAUGGCUGCACUCAUGCCACUAUUCAUAUAGACAACGAAACAGCAUAUUUCCUUCAGUUCAGUACAGACUCUUUGUCAAAGUGGAAGAAGAUGAGUCUAUUCAUUGAAAAUGUCUACAUACACGACAACGGGAGAGCGAUGACCGAUUUUCUUAGCUUAUAUUCACAACAGCCCAAUAGCAACCGAAAAUUGCAGCUUACAUUCGUGAAGUGCAACUUCAAACUACAGAACUUCCUGUUUGUCUCUGGAAUCAGCAGCAAAACGCAAGUCACCGUACUUCUGAGUUCUUGUCAUUUCGUUUUGAACGGCAAUUCAUUUUACGCCAUGGCUCUGAUAGAUUUCAAUUCUACAACAAACAAGGUUAAAGUAUUAGGAACGCCAUACACAUCGGUUACUGUUCGCAUAGAACAUUCUACAUUCCGCUCGCAGGCAGACUCCCACACAGGCGCAUUUGUGCUUUCUGCUAACACAUCCUUCUUCCAGCUACACGCCACAAUACAUAACAGCACAUUUCGAGGUUUCAGCGCUCCACGUUCAGUCUUGGAAUUGCGUGGAUCUUACAGGGCUGCCAGUCGACUUGUUCUGUCUCACUGCACAUUUGAGAACAGUUCGUAUGAGGAGAGCUUCCUGAACACUGCAUUUCUACAGACAUGUGUAGAUGGAAGUAGUCUUCGUUUCAACAAUGGAUUGAAAAAAUACACGGCCGGGUUGAUAAUUGAACACCGCAUGAAAAUUGAACACCGCAUGCCAUUUGUGGAUCGUCAAAUCGGAAUAUACGACUCCAGAUUUGAGUACAACGAAGGAUCUGAUGCCCGUUUCGCCACGGCCACUGGAGCAGAUGUCGUCGUACGGCCAUUUGGGCCUAGGCCGGCUAACAGAAGUUGCCUCAUCAUCGAUUCGGUUCUAUUCGUCCAUUCAAGGCAUGCGGCGCAGCCAUUUCUACAGCUGUUCUGGAGUAAGGCGUACUUGCGCAACAACUCCUUCUUGCAACACAAUUGUGGCGUGGUGGACAUUGCAUUGGCUAGCAGUACCAUUACCAUUGAUGGCGCACACCGGUCCCCAUGUGCCUGGAACUGUAACGAUCGGUUUAAUUUAGACAAGUCCCAGGUCGUCAUAACACAGCUUCAUCAUCUGCUCAUGAAUGUGAUUCCAGUGCAAUACUCCAUCUUCGACUCUGGAGUUAGUGUACAUGGAGGUACCAGGGAUCAGGUCGUCAUAGGCCUCCCCUUCGGAGUCAUAGUUGCAGAUAUCUUCCAGCGCUAUGGAGCCUGCACAUUGGAAGACGAUGGGAGGCACCAUGGAGAUAUCACUGAAUACAGCCACAGGCCGCAGAAGGACACUUUCGCCUCACCACGCGUAUGCUCAAUUCAAGUUGAUAUGGCUUUGCAAUUCACAUGCGUUGGUCCGACGCUUGAGGGUGAGAAAAUCUUCUCUACGCCAACAGACUGUGACAUGUACGGUUUGAAAACGCUGGUAGCAUGUUCCGCAGAGCCGUUCAAUAUCACAAGAAACCUGCUAUGCGCGGAUGAUCACAGUAAGGCCCUGAUUGUCAAGGAACGCAAUCAGCUGGCAGUGUUGUCAAAGGGACUGCCGACAUGGAUCCUAUUUCAAGAGUCGAGCACGGAAUGCUUGAAGAGACUGGAUGGCGAUACAUGGCUGUACGCCAGGACUAAGUGCAAUCGCAUGGCUAUCACCAGCAAAGUCCUGGAAUUCAGAAAACAAACUUUACGGCUACUCCCCCGUGAUUAUGCCCUGAACAGACUGGCUGAUGUGAUCAGAGCAUAUAAUGACUCCAUCAGCAAUGUUCUCCUAGGCCAUGAGCACUGGUACCUGCCAUGGGUACAUGCUAUUGGUGUUGGUUGGAACGAGGGUGGUCGCGAUAUACAACGUCUCAGAUAUACCGCUAGACAAGGCCCGUCGCAAACCAGCAUAUCUCAGCUCACCCUCUACCCAUCACCAGGGGAAGUUAUCACUCUCAACAUCGAUACCCGAGACAGUUUGUUGAACACUCUUUCCAACAGCCUCUCACUAACUGUCAAAAGCGAUAACGCGUCAGUGCGAAUGAUACAGUCUGAUGGGUGGCAAUCAGCGGCGAUAACAAGUAUGGAGUUCUUGUCCAAACAUGAACUUACUGGCUUUGCUCUUGCCGGCCAACCGGGCAGCAGUGGAUCUCUCCUGGUGACCCUGAAGGGAGCGAAUAGCGCCAGAGCUCGAUAUUCUGCAGAGCCAUUCGUGCUGGAGAUACCAUUUAGACUUCGACCAUGCCACAAGGGAUUCAGCGAUCCAUUUCCACAGCUAACCAGAACAGGCAACCUAUGGGUGUGCCAGUCUCAAAAGGAUGUAGUUCCAGGAGUGAAGUCUUGCGAUAAGGGACGCUUCCUCCAAGUGAGAGCUGGCUACUGGGCAGGAAAUGCGAGGAACGCUUCUUGGGAUGGAGUGGGGAGCUUCCCGCAAUCGAUUAUCUGCAAGGCUAAUGGUACGGGCAGCUUCGAGACCACUAGUGCCUAUGCCAAGUACGUUGACUACCCGUUCGUGAUAGCUCAAUGCCAGAACCCACAGUGCCUUAACAGAGAUUGGGAUUAUGGAGAAACUCGUCCAUGCCCUGGCCACUCCGCCGGGCCACUAUGUGGUCGUUGCGAGCCAGGAUACUGGCAAACACCGUCUUUACCUCACUGUUAUCACUGUUCUGCAUCAACCACCCAGAUACCUUUGCACGUGUACAUCAUGGCUGUGGUCUUCAUGACGUUUCUCAGCUUUCCCCUGUUGGUGAUGCAAUUCAACUUUGGCAUGUCCCCAGUUCUCGACUGCUGGCUGUUCCUUAUUCAGGCCUCUGGGCGAGUAUUCGUGCACCAACAACAGCUUAUUUAUGUUACUGUGCGCGUCGUGCUGACCUGGGGUCUCGGAAUCCUUUGCCCAGAACAGCCGCUGGACACGCUGGAUAUGAAUAGUCUUCUCCUGCUGCAGCCUGGGACAUUCCUAGUUUGGUUCAUUGUGGUGCGGGUAUUGAGGUCUUACAACACCACGGGUCAGAUCAUUCAGCGCUGGCAGCAGCAUAUGCUCUUAGUGCGCGUCAUGUGGUUCAUUUUGGUCUACAGCUACUUCGCGCUUGCCUUCGUCUGCAUCAAUGCUCUCUGGUGCACCAGGCUGAAUGAUCAGUUUGUCCUGGCCGCUGACGGUUCCAUCCCAUGCUAUCAAGGCAAACACUGGGUUCACGCAGUUUUUGUCAGUGGCAAUCAUGCUGCUUGUCAUACUUCCCGCACCAAUCAUACUCGCUGUGCCACAAUGCCAACGGAGUAUCCACCUAAAAGGCUUCAUUGACGAAGCCAGUCGCCAUUUCAAGCCCAACCGUCGCUGGUGGGCAUCUAUUAAUCUCCUACGUCGUGUGGCAGUGGCUCUUAUCAGUACUGUCAACAGCGGUAGCGAAAUGAAUCGAAUGCUGGUGCUGAAUAUGUUCUGUUGGACAUAUGUGGUCUGCUAUGCUCUUGUCAGGCCAUUGAAGAAAAGCCAUCUGAUGGGAAUAUCUGCCAACAACUGGGAAUGCAUGUUUCUCUUCAGCCUUGCAAUGAUCUCCACGUUGCAGAUGAUGGC